AUGAAUAGUAUUAUUAAUAAUAAUAGUAUAAUAUUACCAUUAAUAUUACAAAAAAAGAUAUUAUAUUAUUGUUGGUUAUGUUUUUAUCAGUUAAAAUGGAAGUUAUCAUUGUUGUUGGUGAAUCAUAGUUGGUUCAAUAUGUUGGCCUCGAUAGAGAAUCAUUAUCCUAGACUUGCGAUAUCGAUGUACAGUAGAAAUAUCGAAGACUAUCAAUUACAUAUCAAUAAUAGACUUUGUAUUGCACAUUACUCUAAAAUCUGCAUAUCGCUUGUCGGCAGCGAAUCACUACCAACCAUCUCAACAACUCUGCUCAGCUCGUCGAAAUCCAUUCGUCUAUGUCUAUAUGAAUACACUCAUUUCGAAGAGAUAUCGAAAUCAAUGAUAACACUAAACGAACAAUUGAAAGAAACAAAGCAACAAGCACAAGAUAUUCAAGAUACAGAUCAACAACAACAACAACAACUAUGCAAAAUAGAAUUAGAAAUCGAUAACAUUUUAAAUAUUGACUCGUUUGUUGGAUUGUUAUCGUUGGUUCCACCUUUAUCUUCAUUGACAUUGCUAACCGAUCACAAAGAUAAUAUCGAUAACAAUUAUAAUAGUGGAGCUAUCAUUAGGUGUAUUCGAAUGCAUCAUGCCGUUGGACUGCGAUCGAUAUCGCUCGACUUGAAACGUGUGACGGUGGAGACGCGCAAUGAGGUGACUGACACCAUAGCAACCUAUUGCAUGCAACUCAAUGAAUUCGCUAUCAACAUUGAGAAUCAGGGUGACAAUCAAUUAGCUGGUCUUACCAUUUCCAAUGUUAUACAAGUACCUUUUUCAUCGUCACCCUCAUCGAAAAAUUACAAUAACAACAACAUUGUUAAUCACAGAUUGAAUAGAUUACGAUUCUAUGUUGAUACAGAUUCACAUCUAUCGAUAACAAAGAAUCCAUUCUUGCUGUUUCCGAUGUUGACCCGGUUAUAUCUUUGGAAUAUCAAUAGUCUGGAAAACACGAUCGAUAUCAUUAGAGAAAAGGCAUCGGUCGAUCCUUCGAACCAAUAUCGUUUGGAAUGGCUACAAUCAUUCAUUGGUCCUACGACAUUCGGUAAACUCGAUGGACUUCUCGGCGCAAUCGCACAGUCGAGACUCACCAGAGUAGGCAUCAUGGUGUUUAUCGACCCGAAAUCGGUGAUCGACCGACUCACCCGUCAACUAAUCAACAAACAAAACACGACACUCGUCAAAUUCAAAUUCUACCGUCCUGGCGUAAGUUGUGUCAUACCACCAAACAAAAUAUUCCAAGAAAUACAACAAACUGAAACACUAAUAAAAUGUAAAAGAUAUAUUAAUUAA